AGAGAGAGAGAGAGAGAGAGAAUUCGCUGUUGAUGCAAAAGCUGCUGGAUCAUCUGGCUCGUGCCGUUUACCGCUCGUUGCGGUUACCGUAUAUUCAUUUAUCCGGAAUCUCCUGACACAAAGCCGCAUUGUGGAUGAACGGACAUCAUAAAGCAGACAGCGCAAUCCAGCAAGAUGAAGCUCGACUGAAUUUCCUAGGAUGUCUUUCAAGAAAGAGACCCCGCUUGCCAAUGCCGUGUUUUGGGCAGCCAGGCAAGGAAACUUGGCCUUGCUUCAGCUGUUGUUGAACAGUGGCCGAGUGGAUGUGGACUGUAAAGAUUGUUAUGGGACCACAGCUUUAAUGGUGGCAUCCUAUGGUGGUCAUUAUGAGUGCGUCCGUGAGCUCAUUAUGCAAGGUGCGGAUAUUAACCUACAGAGAGAGACAGGUUCCACUGCCCUCUUCUUCGCUUCACAACAGGGCCAUAAUGAAAUAGUCAAGCUCCUGUUUGAAUUUGGAGCGUCCACUGAGUUUCGGACAAAGGACGGUGGUACCGCCCUCUCUGCCGCCUGUCAAUACGGUCGCACCAAAGUGGUCGAGACUCUUUUGAAGAACGGUGCGAAUGUCCACGACCAGCUAAAUGAUGGUGCCACGCCUUUAUUUUUGGCCUCGCAGGAAGGUCAUGUGACAGUCAUACGCCAGCUUUUGUCAUCUGGGGCUAAAGUCAAUCAACCACGAGAGGAUGGUACAGCUCCGCUCUGGAUGGCAGCUCAGAUGGGUCACGACGAAGUGGUUAAAGUUCUGCUUCUUCGAGGUGCGGACCGUGAUGCAAAUAGAAAGGAUGGCUCCACGGCUCUGUUCAAGGCUGCGCAUAAAGGAUAUGGUAACGUAAUUGAAGAGCUCCUCAAGUUCUCCCCAUCUCUUGGCAUUCUGAAGAACGGUUCCACAGCUCUUCAUGCAGCCGUUAUGGGCGGGAAUCCAAAAACGGUUGCACUUUUGCUGAAGGCAAAUGCUGACCCAACUUUACCUAACAAGAAUAAUGAACUACCAGAAGAUCUUACGAAGAAUGAGCGCAUCCUUAGGAUUCUGCGACAGCCGAUGCUAAAUGGAGCCAGUUGAUGACUGUUGUGUUUGCUCUUAGCUCUAUGUUUAUUGUAAGUUCAUGAAAGAUAAAUGCACUACAGCCUCUCUAGAGAGGUGAAGGAGACCUCUGGAACAGCUUAUGUCAGUCUCAUAACAGCGGAUGUUUUAAUGGUGCUUGCUUGCAGCUUCUCAGUUCAGAUGGACAACAAACAUGCACUGAAAAGCAGAAUUGCUUUAUCUUUGGCCUCUUUUGGUGAAUGGUGUGAUGUCAUAUUGAAAUGCAAUAUAGUUUUUUUUUCAAGUGUGAUGGAGAUAUUUUGUAGAAAGAAAUAGUUUAUGUUCAAUGCUGAGAUCAAUCUUAGUAAUGCUGGUGUGUUUUUGGCCUGCAAGCAUAUUUUAUUUAACAGCAUGUUAAGGGUUUUGGCGUCAUAAGUUCUAUAGAAAAUGAAACCACAAACAACUACACUUGCUAUGGAGUCUUGCUAUAUUUAUUUAAAAGUUAAAAUAUUUUUUCUUAACUUAUCUUAUAUUUUGUUUUUGUGAAAAGUGGAAAACUGUAUAUAUGUGGAAAAAAAUAAAUGUUUAAAAUGA